CCCCUUGAGUGACCUGCUUUUAAUAAGUUUUCCAAUCAGCUCACGAGUUAAAAAGUGCCCUUGCUGGUGCUGGCUUCCUCACUUUGCCCACUUGCCUCCCUCCCUCCUUUCGUUCCCUCCUUCCAUUCUCCGUUUUCUCUCUGGGCUCACUCCCCGUCAAGGCGUAAUUGAGUCCAAGGGAGGAUCAGCUUCCCUUGCCUUGGAGUCCAGAAAUCUUUCAUAGCAAGUCCCAGCGGGCGAGGAAAACCACAGCUGGAAAGGGGGAAAGGAAGAGACAAGUGAGUGAUCCUGUCCAGAAAGGAGAGAGAGCAGCUGGAGAAACAGCUUCCUCAGCAGCGGCGGCGGCGGCAGCAGCAGCAGCGGAGUCAGCGGGGCUGUUCCUGCCCGAUCUCCUCUCGCUAGACUCCUAGCAGCCAGCAUCCUCUCUCUCCGUUGAACAACAGCCAGAGCAGGAGAGCAGAGAUUCACAACUCCAAAAUGCAGCCACAACAGCAGCAACAGCAGCGUCGAAAAUUUGCAGCUGCCUUCCUGGCCUUCAUUUUCAUUUUGGCAGCUGUGGACAUUGCUGAAGCUGGCAAGAAAGAGAAACCAGAAAAAAAGGUGAAGAAAUCAGACUGUGGGGAAUGGCAGUGGAGUGUGUGCGUCCCGACCAGUGGGGAUUGUGGGCUGGGUACCCGGGAGGGCACCCGGACUGGUGCAGAGUGCAAACAAACCAUGAAGACCCAAAGAUGUAAGAUCCCAUGCAACUGGAAGAAACAAUUUGGAGCAGAGUGUAAAUACCAGUUUCAGGCCUGGGGAGAGUGUGAUGCAAACACUGCCUUGAAGACAAGAACAGGAAACCUGAAGAGAGCUCUUCAUAAUGCUGAGUGUCAGAAGACAGUCACCAUCUCCAAGCCAUGUGGGAAAGUUACCAAACCCAAGCCACAAGCAGAAUCCAAGAAGAAGAAAAAGGAAGGCAAGAAACAGGAGAAGAUGUUGGACUAAAAGACAGCAAGCUGGGAAGUACAUGAAAGGGACAUCAGCAAACAUGAUCAGUUAACAGUUUUAUUUACACCAACUGUAGGGGUUCUAUCCUGAAGUUAUUUAUAGCUUAAUUAUACAAUAGGCAGAAAGAAAAAAAAAAGAACUUUUUUAUAGUAGUAUUUUUUCAAGUGUAACCAUAACACUGUUAGGUGCCUGUAUUAAAAAACUGUAAUUCCAUUUAGAAAUUUUUUUCUAUUAUACAAUGAAUGAUUUAUAAAAACUUAAAGUCAAUUUUUCAAGUUUGAGUCAUGCACAAUUUUAGGUCUAAAACCAACCAUCUCUAUAUAUUGUUUUUCUUUUGGUGGGAGUUAAAAUUUCAUGAUGACUGAGUAAAUACAUUCUCAGGUUAGGUGCCCUCCCUUUCCAGGCUAAAUAAAGUUGAAUUCCUCUGCCCAUUUAUUAUAUAGAGAAAUGUCAUCUUUUCAACCAAUGAACUCUUCUUUGUUUUUAGUCAGCUAAAAGAGGAAAGGUCAGUCAUCUUAAACCUUUUCCUAUGUUCUGGACCAAAUGCUGUUUUUUUUUUAAAGCAAAAAUAUUAUUUUGUAUUAGAAAUGGUCUCCUACUUUGGCAGCAAUGUUUAUUUUCUAGACAAAAGAGAUUUUUUUUAUUUGAAAAAUUACUAUUAAGAAAAAUACUGUUUUGUAAAACAAUUCACUUCCAUAACCCUCCCCAACCUCCCACCAUACUGACCCACUCCCACUCCACCCAGUCUGACCUAUUAGCAAUGAGAAUUUUUCACUUAGAUUUAGUUAAAAGACUUCUGUGCAUGAGCAGAAGAUUUUUUUUUUUUAGUAAUGUUCGUUUCCUUUACAUCAGUUACUGGAAAGUGUGGUUAGUUUGGUGCUAUUGGCCUCAAGCAAGGCCACAUAUAGGACUGGCUUUGGGGAAGAGGAAAGAAUUACAUGUUUAAUGGAAAGACUUACAGUUGCAAAACACAUACCAGUCCUAGAGUAACAAUGUGAGACGUGGAAGAGUGCAAGCCCUGUGUCUAUGCCAGGCUAUUUGGUUCCAAUAGAUAUCAUGUGAGUGCCAAAGACCAUCUGUGUAGCACCUUUAUCUCUUGGCCUUGCAAGGGGCUUUUAUAAAGGAAGCAGAGCUAUAAUUGGGAAUUUAGGGGCCCAGGGAAAACAGCACAAACUGCAUCCCCCCAAUAAACCUUGAAAUUCAUGAUAUGCAAAUAAUAAAACAAGUAAGCAGGACCAAAUCAGUUGAAAAGGGGGAGUUAGUUACCACAGUGGCUCACAGAUGGGUGCUAUUAACAUUGCCUGUGAACUUGUAGCCUCCUAUUUUUUUUUCAUGUUAACUAGGUAGUUAUAAGUUCUUAGUUAUUAAUUUCUUAUUUCUAGCUGCAGGAGUGCAUGUGUUAAAUCUUUAUACUCUCUAAAUAGUGGUGCCCUGGAGCAAAGCCUCAAUCAUACCAUUCCAGUUACAUCUCUGAAUGAAAGAUUUCUCUGAUUCUAUGAGAGAUAGAAAGUUGUUUGGCAUUGGCUAAGUUCAAAGUAUCAAGCUUUACAUAUCAACUAUUCCAUAUAAACUAUUUCCAUAUCAACAAUUCCAAUCAACUAUUCUGUAAGGCAGAAGAUUAAAAUUAUUACUAUGUUUAUUUUAAGGAAGGAAUAUAUAUAUACCAGUAAUCUUAAAAGGGCAUGAGAUCCAUUCCCAGAAUAGUUUCAUCUGUUCUACCAUUAGUCUGGCCCAUCUCAUACUAAAUUCUUGGCAAAGUCCCACCUUUAGGGGGGCUGUGCUCAAUUCUGCCUCUGAACUAAAUGCCAGCCUACAAAAUAAUUAGGAAGAGAUAAGGGCUAUGCCUUGAGAUUGAUUCCCAUUUAAUAAAAGCAGAAUGCCUUAGAAAAUACAAAUGAUAACCAGGUACAUAGGAAAUGAUGUCUUUUUUCAAGCCAACCCCAAUCAAAGGGGGAAAAUAUGCACAGGGGGGAGAAGGAUGAGGUGAAAGAAAUGUAUUGCAUCCAACUGUCUGUUGGCUAUUCAAGAUUUCAUACAACUGAAUGAUGGGAGUGAUGGAAGGAGGUACACUACAUUCUAUUAGCUUGUCAUUAGGAUUGCUUCUCUAUUAGCAUUUACUAAGAGUACUGGUCAAAAAGCAACAGCUCAUGAAUCAGUAAUGAGUCAGAACAAGACCUCUCAAGUAACAGACAGCCUGGUAAAUAUCCAUGCCACACUCCUAUAUUGACAGGACAUUAUGAGAAGCCAAAGAAAUGCAGGAGAUUUCUGUUGUUUUAUCUCCAGCCCUUAACAAACCAUAUAAUUGACCCUCUGAUUCUUUCCCUUGUUAUGGACAAAAAAGGUCAGUUUGUAUAGCAAGGCUGUAAUCUCAGUUGCAUAUGUGUGAAAUUAGAUUUCCUUCCAACUGCCAUAACCAUUCUACUGAAACUGGCUUUCUCUGACUUGCUAAAUCAUAAUGAGAAACCGGGGAGAUGAGGAACAAAAAAGCCCAAGCUCUAAACAUGAGUGAUUAUUGCAUUUGGUGGUGGUGGUGAAACAACAGAUGAUCCCCACAGACCUGGGAGUCUCAGAAAACACCAGGGGAAACCCUUUUUCCAAACACUUUUCAUUUCAGAUCUGCUAAGCCUGGAGGGAAGGGGUGGUGAUACAGAGAGAACUCUGCUAGAUUUCCUUAUGUAUUUCAAGGGUUUCCAUUCAAGUAUUUGCCAGUUACCCAAGUGGAAGAAUACAGUAGGCAUGAGGCUUUCUCACAAAAACCUUCUGGCAAGUUAGAAAGAGAAUCCCCAUUAAAGGGUUCCCAGUAAUCACGUCUUAGUAUUCAGGAGGGGUGCUACCCCUUGACAACUUCUAACACAUGUCUACUUUCUUAGUUAUUCUGACAUACCAUGAAGAGCUAUGAUUCUACUUCUUCCCAAUUUGUGCAGGUUGUGAGGAAGAGGGAGAAGAAAGGAGUGGUUGAAAUGAGGCCCUUGUGUCAGGGCAGUUGGUAGCAAAUGAGUUCCCAAAGGCCUAAGAGAUUACAUAUAGAAUUCCCAGUCUCUGCUCUAUCAGAGAGUCAUAUAGGGAGUUGAAAAACUAUAUAGCCCAUGGGGAAGAAUCUGAUUACUUAGGAAGAAGAGGAAAAUUCACUUUCAAGAAGAGCUUUCUCUGGCCUCACUUCUAGGAUACCAUAUUAAGAAAUAAGGAGAAGAAAAUUCCAUCUCAUUAUCCAAGUUCAGGACUAUAGGGAUAAAGAGCCAUGCUUAGGUUUGUUCUGGGACUGAAAGGUUGAAAGACGACUUUGUAUUAAAACCUGGGUUGCUUUUAAACUAAGGAAAACUAAAGAAAAGAAUGGUAGUGAGUCCUGGAUAGCCCUUAAUUUUUACAUGCGUUUAUUUGAAAGCAAUUGAAAUUUGGCUCUUACUGCUGUCAAUUUUGAUCCACAAGGGUUUCAAAGUCACUGGGGGCAAUGAAUGAAAUCCUUAAAAUAAAGGCAUAGAUUUCUUACCCCUCCUUAAGCAUUGAUUUCUAGGUCACUUCCUAUAUAUUGUGUAACCUGAGGAGAGAUGGAAUUUAGUCAACUUCUGGACUCAUAAAUGUUUGAGUGGCCUGUGGGAAAGGCCACACAACUUUUUCCAUUAAAAAAAAAAAGAUGGUUCAGUUGGCCUCACCUUCUUAAGUGAAGAGUAAAGGAAUUAAGGAGACUUUGUGGGGUGUGAUGUUUUAUAAGGGAAAGAGAAAAGAAUAUUUUCCUUCAGAUUAGGUAGUUAUAACACGCUUUCCAAGUCUGAAAAAUCAAAACUUUGCUAGAAUGUUGUACAUGAUUCUAGUUUGCUAAAUGGGAUGGAGGCAAAGAAUUUCUCCCUUCUUAGUCUUCUUCCAUAAUGACAAGGGCAGGAAGUGAGUCCUGAAAGCGGUUUAUCAAGGCACUGAUUCCAGUUUUAAAAGAAGCUAUUGAUCUUUUUCAAUGAGUUUGCUCAAGAGGGAAGAAGGUCCUGAAUGUGUAGCAAGUAGUGCCUACCUCAUACUUGUCUGGAGUGCUGGCUUCCAGGGGAAGGACAAUGUGGAGGACACUUCAAAGAGGGUGACUAAUGUCCCCUUGCUACAUUAAUAUCUCUCUUUUAUUGCUCCCAGUCACCCGUUAUGCCAAGUAGAAACCAAAGUUAAAAUAUACCCUCAGGGUGACCUGGCAGUGCCUGGGCAGGGUAGCCAAUGAAAUAUCUCAGUUCGAGAAUGUUUUCAUGUGAGGAAAUGAUGGUCUAAAUGACUCUUCCACUUGAGAAGGGGGAAAAAAAUCAACAGAUCUUCCACUCUCUGCACCCACAACUUUGCUCUUAUAGCUUAAAAUAAGAAAAUAUAUUCAAAUACAAAGUUAACAGGCACAGAAGAUUGAUGAAUCUCAUGUAUAUACCUAUUAAACUUUAUAGUACCAAGGUACUCAUGGGGUUGGGUGAAGUUUUUAAAAUUUUUUUUUUUUGUAUAUUGAUUGUUAGAAGCAUAUUAUCUUUUGGUCUUUAAAAUCUGCACGAAAGCCAUAUAUCUGCAUAAUAGAAUAAAAACAUGAAUAAUCCUGAUAUAAUAUCCCUAAUGGUUUCCUAGCCUCCUGUGAUGGUAGGAUGCCUUAGAGAAUGUACACAUCUAUUGAUUGUAUCUACCUAUUUGACUUGCUCUUAGUAGAGAUAAAAAAAUAAAAAAAAAUAAACUAAUCAAA